AUGGAGUUGGUCCUCUUUAAGAAAAAAUCACUGUACGCAGCAUGCAAAGCUUAUGGCAUCUCUCAGUCUACCGUUCGUUACCGACUUAGUGGCAAGUGGACCAGAAAAGCCCGGAAAGGGCCACCUACUGUUCUAACAGGAGACGAAGAACAGAAACUCGUGCAAUAUUUGAGAACGAUGGAGAAGAAAGGAUUUCCGGUAGUUAAGGAAUUACUUCUGCAUAAAGUGAAGACAUUCUUCGGAACGAAUUCUCGACCCAAUCCGUUCACGAACAAUGCCCCAGGUCGAAAAUGGCUGGAAGGAUUCCUUCGCCGGCAUCGUGAAAUCACUUUUCGCACGCCAGAAACUGUGUCUUCCGCAAGUUCUAAAGUAAAAGAGGCAGACAUUCACGGAUGGUUCACGAACGUAACAUCAUAUCUCGAGGAAAACAACCUUAUGUCAGCCGCAUCGGAUGCAACCCGCAUAUACAACGGCGAUGAAACGUCAUUCUACCUACACCCACAAACGAAAGCCGUGCUAGAUAGCCGUGGCAAUAAGAAUGUGUAUGAAUGCGAGCAUGCAGACGGGCACAAAAACAUAACAGUAAUGUUUACCUUCGGAGCAGACGGAUCAGUUGUACCUCCAGGAUUUGUUCUCCCUAUGCAGCGCCUAUCUGUGGAAGUAUUGCAGAAGUUCCCCGGAGAGUAUUGGCAAGUAUGGAAAAAAGUGCAGUUCCCAAUGCUGUAUUUCGUGGAUGGUCACUCUUCACACACGACUGCGGAGGUGGCCGAUCUGUGCUUGGAUUUGGGUAUUGUGCUGAUUGCUUUAUAUCCAAACACUACGAGAAUAACUCAGCCAGCAGACGUCGCCAUUUUUAAACUAUUGAAAAGUGCCUGGAAGACUGCCGUAUCGGAGUGGCGGCUGGAAAAUGGAGGUAAAAAUCUAUUGCUGAAACACUUUCCUGACGUACUGCAAAAGGCUAUGAACAAAGGAAUCAAAACGGCCAGUGUUAAGAACGGGUUCAGAGUUUGCGGAUUAUUCCCUUUUGGUCCUGAAAAUGUGGAUUACGACAAAUGUUUUGCCAAGUCAACUAGCGAAAACCCUAAUAAACCAGUAGCUCAAGAAACAGACAAGGAACUUUCCACCUUCAAUGCAGUAGAGGUCAAUCCUGAAUUGAAUGAGGAAAAAAAAGGACAAGAUGUAAUUAUUAAAGAUGUGGUUAUCAGUCCUACUUCAAUAAUCAAAGCUACUAUAGAUUGCAUUGAGCUACUGGAAGUUCAAUCUCUAAGAAAGGAUAAAUCAUCUCAGCGAAUCUCCGAAUUGGCUCACUCGGACUAG